CACUCGGCACAGUUCGACAAGCUUCGGCGCCUCAGCACGGGGCAUGUUUAAACAAUGCCGACAUUGACCGGUCGUCUGGCCGAGUCCGGACCGAAGGGCACAGAUAAACAAACAAACUUCACAUGACUGCGGUUCUCCUGAGCGAACAGGCCGCUGGGACGCUCGGAAAGCAGCAAAAUGGUCGAGAAACUUCUCCCAACCGUUUUCAUCGUUUAUCUCUCUUCCUGCUACGUCACUGCAACUCCCAGAGAGCCGGGCAUCCCCGCCAUCGCCAGAUACUUCAACACCAAAGGCCGCUACGAAGAGGUCAACCCGUAUCUGCUGGACGAUAUUCUGGCCAUAAACAGCUCCGCGGUGAAGCCGCCCGCUCCAACCUGCACCGCCGUCCACUUCACGGCCAUCAUCAGACACGGCACCAGAUUCCCAACCUCUGGAAACAUCAGGAAGAUCGGCGCAUUCGACAACCUUGUCAAGACCGAGGCGAACGGUGACUCGAGUUUCCUGCCAGAACUCAAGGCAUGGAAGAUGUGGUACAAGGAGGACAUGGAUGGGCGCCUUGUGGCCAAAGGCAGAGCAGACCACAGGCAUCUGGCCCGAAGACUGGUCAAGACGUUCCCCUCUCUCCUGACCAAGGAGAACCUUCAGGGCAGACGGGUCAAGUUCAUCACAAGUUCCAAACACAGGUGUGUGAACAGCACCCUCGCCUUCCAACAAGGACUGAAGGAGGAAUUCGGUAUUGAAGGUGAGGAUUUGGAGUUCACGGUGAACGAUGCCCUAAUGCGCUUUUUUGACACAUGCGCUCGCCUGGUGGAGACGGUGGAGAAGAACAAAAAGGCCGUGGAGGAGGUCACCCGCUUCAACAGCGGCCCAGAGAUGAACAGGGUUCAGGAGAAACUGGCUGACCGGCUGCAGAUCCCUUACGUAAAUGUUACCAUGGAUGGAGUGGAGGCAGCUUUCUACCUGUGUGCCUAUGAGUUUACCAUCCGCGGAGUGACCUCCCCCUGGUGCCAACUGUUUGAUGAGUCAGAUGCACAGGUGGUGGAGUAUUCUGGUGAUCUGAAACAAUAUUGGAAGAAAGGUUUCGGCCACGACAUCAACAGCAAGGCCAGCUGCAUUCUCUUCCACAACCUGUUCAACCGCCUCAAUGCUGUAGCCAGUCAGAUCAAGGCUGGUCAGCCUGUAUCUGAGGUGGUCACGGUGCAGAUUGGUCAUGCUGAAACACUGCUGCCUCUUCUGACCCUGCUGGGCCUCUUUAAGGACAACACCAUUCUCACCUCUACCAACUUCGCCUCUCAGCUCGGCCGUGCUUUCCGCUGUGGGCAGAUCAUGCCCUACGCUGCCAACCUGCUGGUGGCACUGUACGAGUGUCCUGAUGGUGUUAGACUGCAAGUGCGGGUGAACGAGAAACCGGUGACCCUACCAGGCCUCGCUGGCCCCUCACCUCUCUAUGAAGAUGUUAAAAAACAAUAUCACCAGCUGCUGACAGGUUGUGACCAAGAUGUUGUCUGCCAGUUAAACAACUCGCAAGGACAAAAUUGAUGUGAAGUUGUACAUUUGGGCCAAAUGACAUACACACGUGGACAAAAUUUAAAGAAAGAAAAACCCACAGUGGUCACUGAAAUAACAUGAAACCGACAAAAGUAAUAAUAAAUAAAAUUUAACUGAUAACUAUUGAAAAUCA